UAUGAAGUGUGGAAAAUGUUGGAAACAUUGUGGGUGUUGAACUGGAAAGUGUUUAUGAGGUGUAAAAAUUGAAUAAGUUCGCCAUCUGUUGCUCUAUUUAAUGGUUUCAAAGCAUUUCGCGUGCCUCAGUGUAUUGGUAUACAACAGAAGCUACGAACAUGGACUACUCGACAUUAGGAGCCACACCUAGCUUAUUUCCCGUGAGGUCCGUCAAUCUUUAUCCGAUGGUAAAUCUUCCGUCAUUGCGUUUCACUGUAAGGCAGAUGGUAGCUGUGUGCGAGGCUCUCGAGGAGAGUGGCGAUAUUAGCCGCCUGGCUCGGUUUUUGUGGUCUUUGCCCGUAGCCUAUCCACACUGUGCUGAAGCUGACACGAACGAGGCUGUGCUUCGAGCCAGAGCAGUCGUGGCUUUCCACGACAGGAACUUCCGAGAACUGUAUCGUAUCCUUCAUAGUCAGCGAUUCUCCAGAAAAUCUCAUGUAAAGCUACAGGCUUUGUGGGUCCAAGCCCACUAUAUGGAAGCCGAGAAAAAGCGGGGAAAGCCCCUUGGUCCCGUUGAUAAAUACCGUGUGCGAAAAAAAUUCCCAUUUCCAUCUACUAUUUGGGAUGGGGAACAAAAGACACAUUGUUUCAAAGAACGCACGCGGGACUUGUUAAGGGCAUGUUAUCUUCAAGACUCUUAUCCAACCCCGAGUAAAAAAUACGAACUGGCUGAAGCCACAGGUCUCACCCCAACUCAGAUAGGAAACUGGUUCAAGAAUCGCCGCCAGAGAGAUCGAGCGGCUGCAUUAAAAAACAGGUUGGUCCAGCAAUCACAGCAUCUUUCCAAAGCUACUACCAACUAUGCGUCAAACCAGGAAACAAAAUAUAUUUAUCCACAUAGUCUAGCAUCUCAUCUGCUGGCUAAACACUCAAUAACACCACGUAGCUCGGAGAAAAACGAAAAUAGAAAGGACUGUCGCUUUGCAUGUUAUGAGGUCUUAUCGCGUGUAUUUUCAGGUGACCGUGAUAAAAAGCUAAACACAGAUAACCAGGGUGUGUCCUCUGACGAAACAAGAAGAAAGAGUGCUACAAAGAAACAUCGAAAAAAAAGAAUGUAAAUACUUUUUAAGUAUUUGAGCAAACAUUAAAAAACAUUUGGGUAUCAUCUGUGUUACUGGCAACUUUAGCAAAGAUCUGAGCGUCAUACAUAUUUAAGUAUCAGUUAUAAUAAAGCUUUGCAAAAUUAAUUA